CGUGUUUGCUACUUGUUAGCUACCUACCUACCUACCUCCCACUCUAAACUCAACCAAUUCAACACAUACGCAGACUGGUAGUGUUGCUGAAGGUUCGGAUUUGCAAUUUUGUUGUUGUCGGCAUUGUUGUUCCUUUGUCCGUAGUCGAGAAGCCCACAAACCCUUCGCUACCACGACACCAUGGCGACGGACUCGAAAGACAAGGGUGAGCUCACGCUCGCUAGUCUACUCCACCCGUUGGAUCUCUUUUGGACUAAAGCUUCGUACCGAAAGGUUGCGGACGAGUUUCAUCCCUUUCACCAACAUUCCGUGAAUGUUGCCUUGCACGUGUUGACUACUGGACUAGGAGUCUGGGGUGCCGUGCGCCUCGCCAUGCUGACCCAAUUGGGCACCAGCGCUGUUUUGGCCUACGGAAUCCUGAUUGCCUUGACGACUCCCAUCGUUACGGCUCUUUGUCACACGGUAUUUUUGUACGGCUGUUGGCAAACUCCCACCGUCGCCGUGACGUUCCUCGAUUCUUACACGCUGACGCCCCUGUACGUUGGCGUCGCUGCCGUCGUGCUGGGCUACGGCUUGCAGGAUCUCGCGCACUAUCUCUGCGUCGAAAAGACCUACAUGGGAUCCUACAUCAAUGCCAAACCCUGGAUGCUCCUUAUUCAUUCCGUCUGGCUCAUGCCGCUCGUCAUUGACGGCGUGCUCGUACGCAACCUAUUCCUGGAUUGCAUCCCCUCGCGCAACCGCAACGUCGUGGUGGAUGUGGCGUCGCGCCAAGCCGUGGAGGACCUGCGGACCUGGAUCAAUGCCACGAUCCCUUCCACGCCCGAGACGACUCACGUCUGGCCCCACGCCCAACCCGCGACGGAUGGACCCGUCACGCAACUCGAACAAGACGCGGCCAUUCUCGCCGGCUUCCGUAGAGUCUUUUCCGCUACCCACUACGAUAUUCGUCCCGUCGUGCCCAUGAACGAAAUAUACGUGACCGCGGUGGGAGCCAAGCGUGCCAUUAACAGCGACGCUGUCUUUUACACGCCGCACACGGACGGACCCUACUGGUGGUUGCCCGGCGCGUCGCUCUACCGUGUAUUGGUCGGGGUCACACCCAACCAAAUGGUCCGUACCCACUUCAACCUUCAGCACGAAUCGCAAGACCAAGUCCUCGACAUGUACAACGUUGUGGGUUUUGAUUACAAUCGUGAACUCCACUGGAUCGAUCACGUCCCCAACGCGGUCAAUUCCGAACGUCGCUCUCUAGUCAAGUUGCACUUUAUCGUCUACCCCAAGGGUUGGCACCGGUACGGGGCCUUGUGCGCCAAGGCCAAUACAACCUACAAUACCUGGGCGCGGGGUAAUUUUUUGCAAACCCUCCGUCCCAGUACCGUCUACGACUAUGCCGUGGCCUGGUGGAUUUGGCUCACCACCUGGAGCAACGCGCUCUGGGAGGAGCACGUGGGCUGGAGCAACCUCAUGUACAUCGCCACUUCGUACGCCGUUAGUGCCGCCAUUCCUGGCUUUGGAUCCUAUCCUUUCUUGAUCCUCACCUCGUUUCGUCACUACCUGGUUUACAUGACGACCUUUGCCUUUCGUCAACCCAUGGUGGCGCACGGCUUCUUGAUGCGCGACGCGAAACUCUACAAAACCAUUUCCAUGAUGCAUUUGGCCAGGGCGUUGGUCCCGUACGUGGAUUUUCCCCGCGACGCGCCCGGCUUGGCCAUGGCGUGUGUGGGAUUUGCCGUCACCUUGGCCGCCACCGCCCGGCUCGGCAUGGUCCGAACCUAUUUCGGCACCGAACUGGGAUUCGUCAAGCCCUGCUGGAUUGAAGGCUUUCCUUACGGUACGAUUCCUCAUCCCAUGAUCGUCGGGCAGAUUUUCGCCUUUGCCGUCCUGCUCGUCACGUUGUGGGAGCGACUAGCCGCGGAGCACGUUGCCUUGUUAGUGGCGCAUAUGAGUUGCUACGCGGCACACAUGCUGCAAGAAAUGCUCACGAGCAGCUACUGA